AUGGCUCCUCUUCCCAUCAAGUUCACGGAGCUGCUACAGUUGACGAACGUAGAUAUUGAGCCAUCAUCAAUUGGUUUCAAUUCAUGUACUCUAGAAUCCGAUCACUAUAUUUGCGUGCGACAGAAGGUCAACGAGACCGACAAACCUCAAGUCAUUAUCAUCAACCUCAAGAACAACAAUGAGGUCAUUAAGCGUCCGAUUAAUGCAGACAGUGCCAUCAUGCACUGGUCUCGAAAUGUUAUUGCCUUGAAAGCACAAUCGAGAACAAUCCAGAUCUUCGACCUUGAGGCAAAGCAGAAGCUCAAGUCUGCUUUGAUGAGCGAGGAUGUCGUAUACUGGAAAUGGUUUAGCGAAACGAGCUUGGGUUUGGUCACGGACACCUCCGUCUGGCACUGGGACGUCUUCGACCCUAACCAGCCAAACCCGGUGAAGCAGUUUGACCGACUUCCCAACCUCAGUGGAUGCCAAAUUAUCAACUACCGAGUGAACGAUGAGGACAAAUGGAGUGUAGUUGUUGGUAUCAGCCAGCAACAAGGGCGAGUUGUUGGUUCCAUGCAAUUGUACUCCCGCGAAAGGGGCAUCUCCCAGUCAAUUGAAGGUCAUGCUGCAGCUUUCGCCUCAAUCAGAGUCGAGGGCUCUCCUCUCGAACACAAGCUCUUCACCUUCGCCGUUCGCACACAAACGGGUGCCAAGCUGCAGAUCGCAGAAAUCGACCACCAGGAACCAAACCCACGCUUCCAGAAGAAGGCCGUCGAUGUGUUCUUCCCUCCCGAAGCGACGAACGACUUUCCGGUUGCCAUGCAAGUUUCUAAGAAAUAUGACAUUGUCUACCUUGUCACCAAAUAUGGAUUCAUUCACCUAUAUGACUUGGAGACCGGAACGUGUAUCUUCAUGAACCGAAUCUCCAGCGAGACAAUUUUCACCACAGCCCCCGACUCCGAAUCGACAGGUCUUGUCGGUGUCAACCGCAAAGGUCAAGUAUUGUCUGUCAGCCUGGAUGAGAGCACAAUCAUUCCAUAUCUCAUGGAAAACCCGGCCAUGUCAGGUCUUGCUGUUAAGCUAGCUUCCAAGGCUGGUCUACCCGGUGCCGAUCACCUCUACCAACAGCAGUUCGAUAACUUGCUAGCUCAAGGCAACUAUUCCGAAGCUGCCAAGAUCGCAGCUAACUCGCCUCGUGGUUUCCUACGUACCCCCGAGACCAUCAACCGCUUCAAGAAUGCGCCUCAGGGUGGUCAACAAAUGUCCGUCAUUCUGCAGUACUUCGGUAUGCUCCUCGACAAAGGUAGUCUCAAUCGAUAUGAAAGUUUGGAACUCGUCAGACCCGUUUUGCAGCAGAACCGGAAACAUUUGUUGGAGAAGUGGAUGCGCGAGAACAAGCUCGAGGCAUCAGAGGAACUUGGCGACCUUGUGCGACCCCAUGACAUGAGCUUAGCUCUGCAGAUCUACUUGCAAGCAAAUGUUCCUCACAAAGUCGUUGCCGGAUUCGCUGAAACCGGCCAGUUCGAUAAGAUUUUGCCAUAUGCCAAGCAAACCGGAUACCAACCCGACUUUACUCAGCUGCUCCAACAUAUUGUGCGUUUGAACCCCGAGAAGGGCGCCGAAUUUGCCGCGCAACUUGCCAAUGAGGAGACCGGUGCCCUCGUUGAUCUUGACCGUGUCGUGGAUGUCUUCCUGUCUCAGAACAUGAUCCAGCAGGCGACUUCAUUCUUGCUGGAUGCAUUGAAAGACAACAAGCCCGAGCAGGGACAUCUUCAAACUCGGUUGCUUGAAAUGAACCUCAUCAACGCUCCUCAGGUCGCAGAUGCCAUUCUUGGAAACGAGAUGUUUACCCACUAUGACAAGGCGAGAAUUGCACAACUCUGUGAGAACGCUGGUCUUAUUCAGCGAGCACUUGAGAACACGGAAGAUCCUGCCGUGAUCAAGCGCAACUUGGUCAAGACCGAUAAGUUGAACCCCGAGUGGCUGAUCAAGUACUUUGGCCGCCUUUCCCAAGAGCAGGCUCUUGAGGGUCUCGAUGAAAUGCUUAACUCCAACAUCCGUCAAAACCUGCAGGCUGUUGUACAAAUUGCAACCAAGUUUUCCGAUCUUUUGGGCAAUAAUCGCCUCAUUGAUCUAUUCGAAAAGUACCGUACAGCUGAAGGUCUUUACUACUACUUAGGAAGCAUUGUCAAUCUCAGUGAAGAUCCAGAAGUGCAUUUCAAGUACAUCGAAGCUGCAACUGCAAUGGGUCAGCUGACCGAAGUUGAGCGCAUUUGCCGUGAGAGCAACUACUAUAACCCUGAGAAGGUGAAGAACUUCUUGAAGGAGGCAAACCUUACAGAACAGCUCCCAUUGAUCAUCGUCUGCGAUCGAUUCAACUUUAUUCAUGAUCUUGUCUUGUACCUCUAUCGCAACCAGCAGUACAAGUCGAUCGAAGUCUACGUUCAGCGAGUCAACCCUUCUCGCUCCCCUGCUGUGAUUGGUGGUCUUUUAGAUGUUGACUGCGAUGAAUCCAUCAUCAAAAACUUGCUUUCCACGGUUGACCCUUCACAAAUUCCUAUCGAUGAGCUUGUCCAAGAGGUGGAGUCCCGGAAUCGUCUGAAGCUUUUGCUGCCAUUCUUGGAAAGCACCCUGGCGACCGGAAACCAACAGCAGGCCGUGUACAAUGCGCUUGCUAAGAUCUACAUUGAUAGCAACAACAACCCCGAGAAGUUCCUCAAGGAGAACGAUAUGUAUGACACAUUGAUUGUCGGUAAAUACUGCGAGAAGAGAGAUCCCAAUUUGGCAUAUAUCGCAUACAGCAAAGGACAAAAUGAUUUAGAACUUAUCAACAUCACCAACGAGAAUGCCAUGUACCGUGCUCAGGCUCGCUACCUCUUGGACCGCGCAGAUCCCGAAAUCUGGUCGUUUGUCCUCAACGAUAACAAUAUUCAUCGCCGCUCUGUCGUAGACCAGGUCACAGCUACCGCUGUUCCUGAAUCUACAGAGCCUGACAAAGUGUCUGUCGCCGUCAAGUCGUUCCUUGAUGCUGAUUUGCCUGCUGAACUUAUUGAGUUGCUCGAAAAGAUCAUUCUGGAGCCGUCUCCUUUCAGCGAUAACAGCAGUCUACAGAACUUGCUUAUGCUCACUGCUGCCAAGGCCGACAAGAGCCGCUUGAUCGAUUAUAUUCACAGGCUGAACGAGUUCAACGCUGAUGAGAUUGCUCAGAUGUGCAUUUCUGUCGGUUUAUACGAGGAAGCUUUCGAGAUCUACAAGAAAGUCAACAACCACACUGCCGCUACUGAUGUCUUGGUUGAGAACAUUGUCAGCAUUGAUCGCGCCCAGGAGUAUGCCGAACGUGUUGAACUUCCUGAAGUCUGGAGCAAGGUUGCAAAGGCACAAUUGGACGGUUUGCGGGUUACUGAUUCCAUCGAGUCCUACAUCAAAGCAAACGAUGCUUCAAAUUAUAACGAGGUUAUCGAGACCGCAACUCAUGCUGGUAAGGACGAAGACCUGGUUAAAUAUUUGAGAAUGGCCCGUAAGACAUUACGGGAGCCUGCCAUCGAUACUGCCCUCGCAUUCUGCUUUGCUCGCCUUGACCAACUUGCUGAGCUUGAAGAUUUCUUGCGUGCUACCAAUGUUGCGGAUGUUGAAGCAUCUGGUGACAAGGCAUAUGAGGAAGGCUUCCAUGAAGCAGCCAAGAUUUUCUACACAAGCAUCUCUAACUGGGCUAAGCUCGCAACUACCCUUGUGCACCUUGAAGACUACCAAGCUGCAGUUGAAUGCGCUCGCAAGGCCAACAGCGUCAAGGUUUGGAAGCAAGUCAGUGAGGCAUGUAUCAACAAGAAGGAAUUCCGCCUCGCCCAAAUUUGCGGUCUCAACCUAAUCGUCCAUGCUGAAGAGCUCAAUGAUCUCGUUAAACAAUAUCAGCGCAACGGAUAUUUUGACGAGCUUAUUUCUCUUCUCGAAGCCGGCUUGGGUUUGGAGCGCGCUCACAUGGGCAUGUUUACCGAGUUGGGUAUUGCUCUGUCCAAGUACCACCCUGACCGUGUCAUGGAGCAUCUCAAGUUGUUCUGGUCUCGUAUCAACAUCCCUAAGAUGAUCCGCGCUACUGAGGAGGCCAACUUAUGGCCUGAACUUGUGUUCCUGUACUGCCACUACGAUGAAUGGGACAACGCUGCUCUUGCUAUGAUGGAGCGUGCCGCCGAAGCCUGGGAACACCAUUCCUUCAAGGAUAUCAUUGUCAAGGUUGCCAACCUCGAGAUCUACUACCGUGCUCUCAAUUUCUAUCUACAGGAGCAACCCUUGUUGCUUACCGAUCUCCUACAAGUCUUGACUGCUCGUAUUGAUGUCAGCCGUGUUGUCCGCAUUUUCCAGUCAUCGGACAACAUUCCCCUUAUCAAGCCUUUCUUGCUCAGUGUUCAGGGCCAGAACAAGCGUGCUGUCAACGAUGCUAUCAAUGACUUGCUCAUUGAGGAGGAGGACUACAAGACACUUCGUGACUCGGUGGACAACUACGACAACUACGAUCCUGUAGAGUUGGCUCAGCGUCUGGAGAAGCAUGACCUGGUCUUCUUCCGCCAGAUCGCCGCCAACAUUUACCGCAAGAAUAAGCGAUGGGAGAAGUCUAUUGCUCUUUCCAAGCAAGACAAACUCUUCAAGGAUGCUAUUGAGACCGCGGCAAUGUCAGGAAAGUCAGAGGUUGUGGAGGAAUUACUUCGCUACUUCGUCGACAUUGGUAGCCGUGAAUGCUACGUCGGCAUGCUGUACGCCUGCUAUGAUAUCAUUCGCCCAGAUGUCAUCUUGGAAAUUUCAUGGCGCCACGGCUUGAAUGACUUCACUAUGCCAUACCUUAUCAACAUGAUGGCUCAACAAACGAUCACCAUCGAGCAACUCAAGAAGGACAACGAGGAACGCAAAGCGAAGGAAACCACUCACCAGAAAGACGAAGACACCGGUCCCAUUUUGGGAUCCCGCCUCAUGCUCACCCAGGGUCCAGCUUCUGGACCUGCGCCUUUCCCACAGGCAAACGGCAUUACACCCCAAGUUACUGGAUACCGAGCAUUUUAG